UAGCGCGAGACAGUUGGAAUCUCGGCAGAAGAGAGGGGCACAAUUCUCUCUUACUUGGUCGGUCGGCUUUAAUGCUUACAGAGAUAUUCGACCUUUUGCAAAGUUUAAAUUUAGAGAAACCAAACCAUCAGAGACUGUUUACAAGGGAACAGUAUGCAUAACUUUUUUUUAUUUAGUUUCUCUGGAUAUUUCUUCAUUAAGACUUUUAAAAUGUCAUCCAAACAAGAAAUAAUGGAAGACCAACGGUUCAGGCGGGUUUCAAAGGAUCCCAGAUUUUGGGAAAUGCCAGAAAAGGACCGAAAAGUCAAAAUUGACAAGAGGUUUCGAGCCAUGUUUCACGACAAGAAGUUUAAAUUGAACUAUGCUGUUGAUAAAAGAGGGCGCCCUAUCAGCCACAGCACCACCGAGGACCUGAAACGCUUCUAUGACCUGUCAGACUCUGCUUCUGACCUCUCUGAUGAUGAGAGCGAAGUACUGAGCCAGAAGAAAGUAAAGCAGAAAAAAAGCCAGACUACAGAAGAAGUAAAGUUUGAAAAGAAGAAGAAAGAAACCAAGAAAACUGAACAAAAGGAUCCUAUAAAUAAAAGUGACUUAGAUAAUUCUGAAAAAAAGAAAGUGAGAAACACAUGUAAGUCCCAGAAGAUAGAUUCAGAAAUAAGUCCCAAGAAGGAUAGUGAAGAAUUUCUACAAAGUACAAAAAAGAAAAGGAACACUGCCAACCUUAGUCCAGACACUUUGCCCAAAGGAAGAGUAAGGACCAAAGAUUCCAGUACCUCUGAAAUUGUGACAUCUCCAACAAUCAGUUCUAAGGCAAAAAGAAAAAAGCAGUCAGUGGUUCCAGGCAUAAUGGCAAAAGACAGUGAUGGUACAAUGCUUGACAAGAAUGCCCUGCAAGAGGAGGCAGACAGUACUAGUGAAAUGGGAAGUGAUGAGGAAUCUGAAGAUGAAAUCACAAGUGAUGGUAGAACUUCAGCUGAUGAUGAUGAAAAUGAAGAUGAGGAAGAAGAAGAUGAAGAUAGUGAGGAGGAGGAAGAGGAUGAAAGUGACAGUGGUCCUGAUCUUGCAAGGGGUAAAGGAAAUAUAGAAACUAGUUCUGAAGAUGAAGAUGAUUUGGCGGAUUUAUUUCCAGAAGAACCUGGUUUUGAACAUGCUUGGAGAGAAUUAGAUAAAGAUGCUCCUCGAGCUGAUGAGAUUACACACCGACUAGCCGUUUGCAACAUGGACUGGGAUAGAUUAAAGGCAAAAGAUUUGCUGGCUCUGUUCAACUCAUUUAAGCCCAAAGGAGGAGUUGUAUUUUCUGUAAAGAUCUAUCCUUCGGAGUUUGGAAAGGAGAGGAUGAAGGAAGAGCAAGUUCAAGGACCAGUAGAGUUACUGAGUAUUCCUGAGGAUGCCCCUGAAAAGGACUGGGCCUCUAGAGAGAAGCUUAGAGACUACCAGUUUAAACGGUUGAAGUACUACUAUGCGGUAGUAGACUGCGAUUCUCCGGAAACAGCAAGCAAGAUUUAUGACGAUUGUGACGGCCUGGAGUUUGAGAGCAGUUGUUCUUUCAUAGACUUAAGGUUUAUACCAGAUGACAUUACUUUUGAUGAUGAGCCCAAGGAUGUGGCAUCAGAAGUUGAUCUAACAGCAUAUAAGCCAAAGUAUUUCACAUCUGCUGCAAUGGGAACAUCAACGGUGGAGAUCACUUGGGAUGAGACUGAUCAUGAAAGAAUCACAACCCUUAACAGGAAAUUUAAGAAGGAAGAGCUUUUGGACAUGGACUUUCAGGCCUACUUAGCUUCCUCUAGUGAGGAUGAAGAUGAGGUGGAAGAAGCCCCACAAGGUGAGGAUGGAGUCAGUGUAGGAGAAGAUGGCAAAACAAAGAAAAGCCAGAAGGAUGAUGAAGAACAAAUUGCUAAGUAUAGACAGCUCUUGCAGGUUAUUCAAGAAAAAGAAAAGAAAGGAAAAGAAAAUGAUAUGGAAAUGGAGAUCAAGUGGGUUCCAGGUCUUAAGGAGAGUGCAGAAGAGAUGGUCAAAAACAAAUUGGAAGGGAAGGAUAAACUGACUCCUUGGGAACAAUUUUUAGAAAAAAAGAAAGAGAAGAAAAGACUGAAAAAGAAACAGAAGGCUCUUGCUGAAGAAGCAAGUGAAGCAAGUGAAGAUGAGCUUCCUUCUGAUGUUGAUUUGAAUGAUCCCUACUUUGCUGAAGAAGUUAAGAAAAUAGGUACAAAGAAAAAAUCAAUGAAAUCAGCAAAAGACAGUGCAUCUUCAGAGGAAGAAACUGAACUAGAAAAGCAAAAGGCUGAAAUGGCUUUGCUUGUAAUGGAUGAGGAAGAGGAUAGUAAGAAGCAUUUCAAUUAUGACAAGAUUGUGGAGCACCAGAAUCUGAGCAAAAAGAAGAAGAAACGGCUUAUGAAAAAGAAGGAGUUACUUGAGGAUGACUUUGAGGUGAAUGUUAGUGACGCACGGUUUCAGGCAAUGUAUACUUCACACCUGUUCAACUUGGAUCCCUCUGAUCCGAAUUUCAAGAAAACAAAAGCUAUGGAAAAAAUCCUUGAGGAGAAAGCCCGGCAGCGGGAGCAGAAAGAAGACCUGCUUCCUCAGGCAGUAGAGAGAGCGCAGCCGGACACAGGAAAGCCAGCACAGAAGCAGCAGCAGCAGCAGCAGCAGCAGCAGCAGCAGCGGCGGCGCAUGGAUCCCGCCUUGUCCAUGCUGAUUAAAUCUGUGAAAAACAAAACAGAGCAGUUCCAAGCCAGGAAAAGGCAGAAGGUCAAAUGACUGGGCAUGGCCUCUGUCACCUCCUUAAGGACACAGAAAUAGUAGAAGGGACACUGGGAAUAAAGCCACUUUUCUAGAAUAUGAAAGGUAUCUUUCUCUGACCAUUGUAAAGCUGCUCUUCGCGGCUGGAGCGGUGGCUCCACAAUAGAGUCUGUCUGGCUUUGGUUCUCAGCACCCGCGUGGCAGCUCACAGCCAUAUGUAAUUCCAGUUCUGUGCGAUCCAGUGCCCUCUCCUGGCCUCCAUGGGCAUGGUGUGCCCAUAUAGUGCAUACACAGACAUAAUUGCAGGCAAAAUAUUCACACACAUCAAAUUUAAAAAUAAAAUUAGAAAAAAAUGUUCCCCUUACAUAAUUGUUCUGCCGAAUUGUAAAUAGUUCAUAUUUUAUACCAAUAUCAAUUAUAU